AUGGUCGAGCGACAGAUCCCCCCAACGAAGACAACGCAACUGGUCACGCCUCAGCAACCCGUCCAAACGCAGCUGGUGUGCAAGAACGAGAUCACCGAUUGUGACGUUGACACCAAAGCUGAAUUACCAGGCACUGUCGACGUCUCCGUGAAGCCCUUGUGUGCCGCCGGUACGCCUGUGGUCCAUUCGAAACCACGCGUCACCGAGACCGAGAGAGCUGCCGCCGACUCCGCCAGCCCGCGGCCUGGUCUUCUUGCGUUGGUCAAGACCUUCUUUUGGAAGAUCAAAGACAGCCUGACUGACGUUCACCAUGGCUCUGCCGCCAUGACGCCAUCCGCUCAGCUCAACGUGACCAGUCCUAGCCAGGGUCCGCAGUCCAAGCACGACGACGCGAUACUUGGCAUGGCGAAAACGGCAGCCGACUCCUCAUGUGUUGCUACACGCGCCCAUGUUGACGCAACGACUUUCGCUGAUCAACCGCAGGAGCGUCGUGUUCUUGAUCAAGCAAGCGCGCCUAUCAAGCUUGUCAAAGAAGAUACGCCAGGUCAAUCCCCUCCUCCACGGUUUUGGUCCGCUGCUAAUCUUCACACAGCGACUGUCAGAAUGGCGGUUGAUGACCAAGCGGACGAUAUUUCGCCUAUGCGGACAGACGUAGGCCGACUUCGGCCUGCCGUUAACACGACAGACAACGCGGAUGUGCACAGCGAGACACACGAGCUGCUCCCCUUCGACAAAAUCAUUGGUCACCGUCAAGACCCCCGGACCGAGACCUUAUUUCAAAUGCGAGUGCGCUGGAAGAACGGCAGUCUGACAUGGGAGCCUGAAGCGCAUAUCCAAAAAUGCGCUGACCAGCAUCUUUUCUCAUAUUGGAAUGGGGAGAAGGGCAAACGCAUAGGCGCCAUGGCCGACAAGUACCUAUGGCACGUUCUUGAGGUUAAAAGGCAUAAGCGAACGUCUCAUGGCAACGUAUACCUAUACAUUUCUUGGAUCGGGUCUCCUGAGCGAUCGUGGGAGCCUGAGAGUCGCAUGAUGCAUUUCGCGCAGGCAAUUGUGGAGGACUAUUGGAUUGCCAUAGGCGGACGCGAUAAGGUAGUGACAUCGGUGGCUGGGAGGCCGAAAAGACAUCGUCGCCGAUUUCGAAACGCGGCAGCGGCUCUGGAGACAGCAGUUAACGCGCAGACGAGCGGAAUGAGGCCAGAAAGGUCAACAGCAUGGAAAAGAGACUAUCAUGGUCAUCCGAGGCUUGUUGAGGUGGCGGAUGAGGUGGCGCUAGCGGCGUUGGAAGUCGAGACGAAGGCCCCGAGGACUGAGCGCGUCACACACGAAAGUGGACAGCCAGCGAACACCACCCACAUACAGCCGCCAAGGAAGCGCCGUCGUUUAUCAUGA